AUGUCUACGUUUUCGUACGCACAAGCCGCCAAGGGCGUCUCCGGGACACCGGCCCUGUCUAAGACACCAUCAGAAUCCGAGAAGACUGACUCCAAACCGGAGGAACACACCACCGUCGAGACUACAACUGAUGAAGCACCGGCCCCCACAGAGUCCGAGCCCGUUCAACAACCCGAGGUAGUCGCAGAGGAGAACAAGGAUGAUGAUUUCACCACUGUCACGAACAAGCAUGCCGCCAAGACAAAGGCUAUCAACUCUCGAACAUCAAGCCCGAGCGUUCGCACAGGCUCAAAGGCGCGCAAGUCAAAGGAGGAUGAUUCCCAUACCCCUAAUGGCAACGCAGAUGCCACCGCUGAGAAGCAGGCUCCCAGUGAGGGACAGACCGAGAAGGCCGAAGGUGCCGCAGAGAAGUCCGCUGAAAAAUCCGAGGAUUCCGAGAAGAUCGCAUCACCACCCAAGGAGCUGAAGGCUGCUCCUCUCCCAUCAGUCAACAUUUGGCAACAGAGACGAGAGGCCCAGGAUGCCAAGGUCAAGGCUGUCCCCAAAUCCACCUCCACUAGCAAGGCCGCCUCCACGAAGGCCGCCUCGACUGCUGAUGAGACCCAGCAAGACUCCAAGACCGGCUCUAAGAAGAAGGGUGCCGAUGGUGCACAGGAAGGCGCCAAGGAUCGCAAGAAGACCGAUGGUGGAAAAGGACGCGAUGCCGGAUCAGUUCCCCCAGUAGAAGACGCUACUGCAUGGCCCACUCCCCAAGUUGCGAUUGGCGAAGAGAAGAAGAAGUCUCACGAAAAGACCGAAAAGAGCCCUGUCAUUAGACCUCAUGGAAAAGAAAAGUGGACACCAGUUCCUUACGUUCCUACUGCUGUUUUCAACACCCCGCUCCCAUCUGCUGGUGGUCGUGGAGGUAGACGGGCUACCCGUGGUGGCCGGGACAGCGGCCGUGGAGCUCAUGGAAAUGGAACCGCUACCACCGAUAAGGCUGCCUCUGGACAGGCCGCCCAAGGCGCAAAGCAGUCACCUGGAGACCGAGGACGCCUCGAGUCUGGAUCUGGACGUGCCGCUUCUCUUCCCGCGCAAUCGCGACGGUCCACAAGCACUGAUGCCGGUGCCACAGCCGAUGCACGCAAGGCUUCCCAGGCACCCGAGCGCGGCCGUGGUGCUCGCAACGGAGAGGAGAACAACAAGCAGGUGAAUGGUGGCGAGAACGGCCCCCGCCCUCAACGCGAGGGCAAGCCCAUUGGAAGAAGCCAGGAUGCCCGUGCAGGAGACCGCAACCAGAAGGGUGCCAACCUGGCUGUUGACUUGCAGGCUGCAGCCCGUGGCAAUGACCGUCGCUUCGAGGCUGGAUCCAAGUCUGCCGACCCCACCGGUCUCACUGACUUUAGCCGUGAACGUGGAGAGUUCCGAUCUGAGCGUGGAGGUCGUGGAUCUAACCGCGGCCGUGGUGGUGCCUACGCCAACUUCGGCGGCCAGAAUGCCCAGUUCAAUGCGUCUAUGUCUAACAACCCAUUCCCUGCGCCUAAGUCGUUCGGCUUCAACGAGCGUCAGCGGUCACACCAGCACGGCCUCCCCAAUGGAGCUCAACAAGGAAACCGUAUGCCCCUCCGAUCGCCCUCUGUGCCCACUCCCGCAAACAUGUACGGUGUUGUUUAUCCUUUCCCAGGUGAUAUCAACACGAUGUAUGGCUACCCAGCUGCCCCGAUGAGCGCUGUUCCCUACCAGCAAUAUGUGGAGCCUUUCUCGCUCAUGAAUAUGCUCUCCAUGCAAUUGGAGUACUACUUCUCGGUUGACAACAUGUGCAAGGACAUGUUCCUUCGGAAGCAGAUGGAUUCCCAGGGCUUUGUUCCUCUGAACGUCCUUGCCAGCUUUAAGCGUGUCAAGUCCCUCACUGAGGACUUUGAGCUCAUUCGUCACGUGUCCCGUCAGCUCCGUAACGUUGAGUGCCAGACUGGCGAGGAUGGUGUCGAUCGCCUGCGCCCCAGAGACAAGUGGCAGCAGUGGGUCCUCCCCGUGGAUCAGCGUGAGCCUGCUGCCCAGAAUGAGGGCGCCGCCCCUGCUAGAAAGACCGACGAGAACACCCCGGUUCACGGCCACUCCGAGAACGUUAUCAACGGAUCCGCUCGUCAAAUUCAUGCCCUCAUUGCUACCUACUGCAGUGAACGAAAUUGCCAAUCGCGUGGACUAGAUUCGCAGUCCGAACCCCCUUUCCCCUUUGAUUUGGAAUCGAUGGUGUCCCCGACAAGCUCUGAUGCAGAUUGCUUUCAAUACCAAGUCGGCGGUACUGAUUGGUUGAUCAGCAAGUCUUUUGCCGAAGCGCAUCAACCGGCGCCUAAGUCAAAUGGGAAGGGCCGUUCGUCCACACAAACGUCAAAUUAUGUCCCAAAAACUUUCAAUAUGUCUCGCAAAGAAACCUUCGAUGGCCGAGGCCGACAGAUGUCAAGAAGGUAUAGCAUUGGAAUGACCCAGCCUUACGAAUCCUGGUCAUUCAGCUUGACAAAAAAUUUCAAUUCGCAUUUGUACAAUGAAUUUAGGCGUUCAGCCCUUGAUGAUCUUUUGACUCGACACGUUGACAACGGUUUCAACGAGCUCAUGGAGUUUUAUCGGAACUGUUUGCUUCACCGUCGCCACAUUCCUGACCUCGUUCUGUACGACAUGGUCUAUCUUUCACAAGGUCAAACAUCGGACUACCACACUCUCGUCUCCAAUACGAUCCAUGAAACCAUUGCCAGUGGAAAGAUGAAAUUACACAAUUGGGGGAGAAUCAGCAAAUAUUUCGAUACCCAACUGGGCAAGACGGCGGGAGAAAAGUUAUCAUGA